AUGCAUAAACUCGUCAUAAUAUUUACAUUGUUUGGAAUAGUGGCGGGUUGGCCGCAAAUGUUUGCGACCAAGUCAUUCAAAAUUGGGAUUGAAUAUCACGGUUCUCUGCCGAUAGGCGGAGGUUCUGAGAGGUAUCGGCACAGGAAUAACCUUGAUCCGUUCUUCAUCACAGUCACAGCGAAUGCCAAAAAUGGCUACGUCAUCUCCUACCUCCAGGUUACAACAACCACGGACUUGAUCGGCAAUGUGGAAUUCAACGUGGUCCGAGGUCAAACCGGUUCCAAAAGCAUAGUGUUCCAAUUAAUCACCAACCAGACGGAUUUCCUCUCCUACAACUAUUUGGUUUAUGGAAUAAGAGAAGAAGAGUAUAAAAAGGUGAGCAAUAUCAUCACUAUUCAAAUGAGAAACUCCAGCGGACGACACUAUCGCAAUCUUUUCAUGAAGUUUGUAUUUAUUGCUAUUAGUUUAAGGUGCAUUUUGACAUAA